AUGCGACGAACCCUGCGCCGCUCCUGCGCCGCAUGCGCAAAGUUCAAACACAGCUGCGACCUACGCACCCCGCGCUGCUCCCGCUGCAUCAAGCGGAAUGUACUCUGUGUCUACGCCAACGAACCACUUACAGCCACGGCCACGGGACGGGCAGUCCCCGGCUCUGAAGAGCGCGGCUCAGCGCGGCUCCUCGAUGGGUCGGGGACCUUGACUUGGUAUAGAUUUGGGUCUCUCGAUCCGUUUGACUCGUACCCGUCGACGAGGUUGCCGCGAGGGCAUGUUCAGCGGUUGAUUCAUAGUUUCCUCCACAAAAUCGCGUUCGAGUACUACCCUCUUGACCUAAACGCGUCGUCGAAUCCAUUCCUCGUCUCGUGGUGGCCCCUUGCCCUAGGCGACCCCGCACUCUUCCACGUUUCACUGCAGACGGCGUGUCUCGAUGAAGAGCUACUAGCGCAGCGAGGCUUUCAUGCUUCUGAGAUCCUCAUGGCUGACUCGGUUGCGUUGCUGCGGCGAAAGGUCGAGGACCCGUCUCUUGCCGUGCAGGAUGGGACGAUGAAUUCGGUCAUUACCUUGGCUGCUAUUGAGUUCGGAAAGGGAAAUACGCAAGUAAGCCGGAUGCAUGUCGAUGGCGUGAAGAAGCUCGUGGAUAUGCGCGGUGGCAUCAACGCUGUGCGACAGACCAGCCCUCUGACUGCAAGGAUGGUUAGCUGGGUCUCAAUGCUGGUCAUGGGCCAUCCCCAAUUCAACACACAAGACGACCACGGCAUCGGCGACGGCAUCCCCAUCGUGCCGGAAUGGCAGAUGGAUCUUACCUCGGGGUCUAGCUCUCCACCUCUCGACCCCUCCCUACUCAUCGACGAAUUAGACAUAGACCCCCCCGUCAAAAACGUCCUCCUCCGCCUCCGUGCCGCAUUCGACCGCGCAAGGAAUACUCCCUUCCAAUCCACCCGCCUCCACGACCUCACCUGCUUCGUCAUCCACAGACUCCUCCUCUCCGCGCCGCAUUCCACGACGCAACCGCAACCGCAAAUACGGACUUCCCCAGCAACCGAAGCGAUUCGCUACGCGAUCAUCCUGUACAUGUUCAUCAUCCACGGCCCGACGUAUUACUCGCACGCGGUGAUUAUGAAUGCGACCGUUGGUCGGUUUAUAGCGAGUCUUACGGCUCUUGACCUCGACGGAGCACAUCACACACCAGAUGCCUAUUCGCUAGAUAUCUGGUCGACAGCAAUCGGACUCGUCGCGUCCGCGGGCACACCGUCGUAUACCUGGUUUCUGCGACGGGCACAAUCUCUUCAAUCUCAAUCAAACUGCCACACCUCUUAUUCCGGCUUACAAGGAUUCCAGUCUUGGGACGACGUCCUGGUUCAUAUAAGAUCCAUCCUCUGGAUGGAGACACCACAGGCAGAAGGGGUUUUCCGACCACAUUGGGACGCGCUCCUUGCAGCCUCCAGUACAACAGAGCCAAGUAUAUGUGGGGGUCGGAUGAGUCCUGAAAUGUCCUCCGUUUCUGCUCCCCCGCUUUGUUUUGCGGAUACCAAUAUUCCUGCGACUGUCGCUGCCACUGUUUCGCCAAUAAAUUUGAGUUUGAGUCUCAGUUUGGUGAUGCAGGGUGAUAUGGAAGCUCGUGGGUGA